AUGAUAAAAGACUUUGACAUGGUUGAGUGCCCGUUCAAGGCCGAGAGGUGCGUACUCCCUCUUGUAAAAACAGAAGCGGGGUAUGAGAUGAGGAUCUGCGAUAGGCCUGAUGCCAAGAAGGUGGUUGCAACGAAGGAUAAAAGCCCUAAAGGAUAUUUCCACUUGGAAAUAUCUGGGGAUAAGUGUAAUAUAAUUGGAUACACAGAGAACAUAUAUUCCUUCACAACACCAGCAGACUUCUAUCUUCCUGUUCCCAAGCAAACGAAGGAAUUUUAUUCUGAAAUUUACUCAAAAAUGGUUUAUGGGGACAUGAGCCAGUGCAUGGAGAUUGCCGAGAUGUUUGAUAAGUCAUAUGGGGACAAUGAAAUCCCCAUGUACCCGGUUCCGAUUAUAUCCACAGUUGAAAGCUUUGAAAAUUAUAAUUUCAAGGACUUCAAGGGAGGAAAAGACAAAACCGGAGAUACAGUUCAUGUGGGAUACGAAGACGAAGUUCCUUUGUGUCCAGCCCCUGGUUUGCUUGAAAGACUGAAGAAACUCCACGGAGUAGAUGCGAUGAGGUUACAGGAAGAUUUAUUCAACCGUUUAUUUUCCCUGCAUCCAAUUCUAAGGAUAUCUAACAUCAUAAAGAUGUUCAGGGCAGAUGAAAGAGUUGCAGAAAUGGGAUUCAGCGACUGGAAAAUAAAGAAGUUUCUGCCUCUGCAUGCAUACUUUAUUGAUUCGGGACCCUGGAGAGGAUGCUGGGCAAAAUUCGGCUUCGACCCUAAAGAGGACCAGAGCAACUUUAGAUACCAGAUAUAUGACAGCCGGAAAUCGGGUAGAACUUUUCAAGUCUUUGAGGCAGAAAAUGUUGUUCACGAGGUUGAGAGAAACAAGUCAUGGUAUCUGGUUGGCAAGCCGAGCUUCAGAAUGGGAUUUCACACCAAGGCUCUUUUAAAUCUCCUUAGGUUUCGAUAUGAGUUAGAUUUCCAUCCUAACGAGGAGGAUGAAGACGAACUGGAGUUCGAGGUAUUUGACUGA